UAACUUGAUAUCUUGUUUGCUUUGGUUGAUAAUGAGGAAAGACAGUGAUUUCUGCAUAAUUGUAGCGUGAUGUUGUGCGUUUGUUUGGCGGAGAGUGGUUAAGUUCCUGUGACAACGGCUACAAUGGCCCUUCCCGCAGCUAUGGCUCUGUCGGGGUUGAACGAAGACCACUUCGACGGAUUAACUGACGUGUUCAACCAUGGAGCCCUUUUACUGAAAAGCCCCAGCUUAACCUCCAUAUCAUCGCAAUCCUCCCAAGAAAGCGGUAUCUCAUCGUUCUGGAGCGACUCGGAUUCCUUCAUUAAAAAUUUGGGCCCCCUUUUCGACAUGCUCUUCAACACUCGACUCCAAGUAAAGAAUGUCAACGCCGCCGACUGCGUUCAGAAACCGCGCCCUGAAAAACCCGUCGUCAAACCCAAGUCCAUAAUGUACCAGAACCGCGACGUUCUGGACUUGGCUUCGAACAUCCAAUGGAAGUGGAACUUCCAGCCCGCGGAGAUUAAGUACGAAACGAAAUACUUCUUUGAGAACAGAUCUCAAUAUACUCGAGUAUUAGGUGCUCAAAUUCCUGAGCACGUUACCAUCAAGUGUGGUUUCGAAGGAUGCGAGUUUGAGGAACCGAAAUAUGAAUGACGAUGACAAUGACAAUUUUUAAAGUUUGUAUGUUGGUAAUGUGUUACCUCCGAGACAAUUUUAUAUUUAUUCGGCGAAUAGUUCAGUAUUUUAACCAAAUUUUUAUGUCUUUUUGUACUUAACGAUUAGGUUUAAUCUCAUUUAGGGCCUGAAGGUGUGUUAGUGAUAUUAGUUUUUGGCGGCUUCCAAAGACGCAGCGGUUGUGACUUUCGCAUUGUGAUUACUGUUUGUUAGUUGGUAAGACUGAAAAUGUGAUUUUAACAGACGCAAUAAUGUGGUUAUGCAGGUUAUUAUUUGAAUAAAGAAUCGUAUACAUUUU